AUGCCGGCAUACCACUCGAGCUUGAUGUGUGCUCCCAACCAGUUGGUGGGAAACAUGGCUUUGCUUCCCCUCAAAACCCAGUUCAAGGGACCAGCUCCAAAGGAGGCGGACUCAGAUGUCAUCGAUGAGGCCAUCUACUACUUCAAAGCCAAUGUCUUCUUUAAGAACUAUGAAAUCAAGAAUGAGGCUGACAGAACGUUGAUUUAUGUUACACUGUACAUAUCUGAGUGCCUAAAGAAGCUACAGAAGUGCAGCUCCAGGAGCCAAGGUGAGACGGAGAUGUACAUUCUGGGCAUCACUAACUUUCCCAUUCCUGGAGAGCCCGGUUUCCCUCUCAACGCCAUGUACGCCAAGCCUAGCAACAAGCAGGAGGAGGAGACCAUGAGGGCGUAUCUCCAGCAGAUCCGGCAGGAGACUGGCUUGAGGCUAUGUGAUCGUGUGUUUGACCCUCAGGCAGAUAAACCCAGCAAGUGGUGGGUUUGUUUCGCCAAGAAGCAGUUCAUGAACAAAAGUCUGUCAGCUCCUGGGCAGUGA